GGAUAGGCGUGGUCACUGCACACUUCACUUCCCCCUCUCCUUACUGACAUUUUUGCCAUUCUAGUUGACGGGAAACAACUGACAGACUGACCUCGAUUUAUUCUAAAAAAAGGAUUGCUUUUUGUAUUGACCGGAUAUCGCCUCAAAUCAGGAUUCAAGAUGUUUUACACCUGUGGACCCAAUGAAGCAAUGGUGGUGUCUGGCUUUGGCCGUUCUCCUCCUCUAAUGAUUGCUGGAGGAAGAGUGUUUGUUCUCCCAUGUAUUCAGAAGAUCCAGAGAAUCACACUCAACACGCUGACUCUAAAUGUGAAGAGUGACAAAGUCUACACCCGUCAUGGGGUCCCUAUCUCUGUCACUGGCAUUGCACAGGUGAAGAUCCAGGGCCAGAACAAAGAGAUGUUGGCCACCGCCUGUCAAAUGUUUAUGGGCAAGUCUGAGGCUGAGAUUGCCAACAUUGCACUAGAAACACUGGAGGGACACCAGAGAGCCAUCAUUGCUCAUUUGACCGUGGAGGAGAUCUACCAGGACCGUAAGAAGUUCUCCGAGCAGGUCUUUAAGGUGGCCUCCUCUGACCUGGUCAACAUGGGAAUUGGUGUCGUCAGCUACACGCUCAAAGAUGUUCAUGAUGAUCAGGACUACCUUCACUCCCUGGGUAAAGCUAGAACAGCGCAGGUGCAGAAGGAUGCCAGGAUCGGAGAGGCUCAGUACAAACGAGAUUCUGUCAUGAGGGAGGCCCACGCGAUGCAGGAGAAGGUUUCAGCUCAGUACAAGAACGAGAUUGAAAUGGCAAAAGCCCAGAGAGACUACGAGCUGAAAAAGGCCGACUAUGAUGUUGAGGUCAACACCAAGAAGGCUCAGUCAGAAAUGGCCUAUCAGCUUCAGGUAGCCAAGACCAAGCAGCGCAUUGAGGAGGAGAAGAUGCAGAUUCAGGUGGUGGAGCGGACUCAGCAGAUUUUACUGCAGGAGCAGGAGAUUAUUCGCAAGGAGAAUGAGCUGGAGGCCAAAGUUAGGAAGCCUGCAGAAGCAGAGAAAUACAGAAUGGAGAGGCUGGCUGAGGCGCAGCGCCUGCAGCUUAUCAUGGAGGCCGAGGCUGAGGCCGAGUCCAUCAAAAUGAAGGGCGACGCAGAGGCUUUUGCCGUGGAGGCUAAGGGCCGUGCAGAGGCAGAGCAGAUGGCCAAGAAAGCAGAGGCCUUCGAGCAGUACAAAGAUGGAGCCAUGGUGGACAUGCUGCUGGAGAAACUGCCACUGAUGGCAGAGGAGAUCAGCAGGCCACUGUUACAGGCUCAGAAGAUCACCAUGGUGUCCAGUGGCAACUCAGAGGUGGGAGUAGCCAAACUUACUGGAGAGGUGCUAGAUAUUAUGACUAGGCUGCCUGCCGCUGUGGAGAACCUCACCGGAGUCAGAAUCUCUCAGGUUGGAGCAAAGCCCUCCCGUGUGAAUUAAGAAGAGAGGGAGAGUCGAAGUAAUCAAGAGAAGUGGCAUCAAUAUUCAGACUAGGAGCUCCACAUCUCCUUGUGCCUAUAACCACUGUAACGACUGCAGCAACAUAGUCUUGUCUGUGUGCAUGCAUGUUUCACUUGUGUGUCUCUUUUUCCGGGUUCCUCUUCCUUCUAAUGGGAUUUUUUUAUUGUGCUGCAAGACAUACAUUACAUUACAUUAAUGAAGCUACUUAUUUUUUUAACCAGAGGAGACAAAAGCCUCUAAGUAGGAAUUCCUGUCUUUUGUUGUUUUAUACAUGAUCUGAAGUAUGCAAGUUUUUAUUUUUUUAACUUAACUGCAACCAGCCUCAUUUUCUCUGCAUAGGGACUUGGUCAAUCAACUGUUUUUUUGUUUUUUUUUUACAUUUAAUAUGGAAAAUGUUUAUGGCUGUAGUUUUUUUGUGCCUUUCAAUUCCUUAAAAGGUGUGGAGCUCCUUAUUACAGCACCACCUUAUAGUUUUGUGGUGGGUGUAUCAUUGCUGUUAUUGUAGUUCUAUAGAAUUUACCCAACACAACCUAGCUUCAUGUUUAUUUGCUCUUUGUCCAAUUGUCAAUUAUUACACAUUUGUAGUGACUGAGUUACUGGGCCCAAAAUCAUAUCAGUGGAAGGUUUUCUUUUGUGUUUCAGAAUGAAGGAGGAGGAAGUGGUUGAUGUGAACGAGCUAAAAUGGUUUCCCAAAACAAUGACUUUUGACUUUGCUGCCUAGAUUUUAAACUGACUUACGGGAGAUAGUAUAAUGUUUUUUAUUUGGUGUUCUGAUUUUCCACAAGCAUGUGAAUCUGAGUAUCAUAGAUUUUGACUUGAUUUAGACUUUUCUUGAACAGUCAAAACUUUUCCAGCUUCAAAGCCAUAUGCAUUUUGUUACCGCCAAGUGCCUGUUCAAAACUCAACAGUCAAGUCAAGUCGCACUUCUUUACUUAGGCUGCAUUCACACCAAAUCAGGCGUUGUGGCGAUUAGCGCAGGGUUACGCAGCGAUGUGCGAGUGUCACUUCAAUGGCCCAUUUGCCACUUCAUUGUGUUUUGUCUGAUUGUGGGUAGGAUUCGUGAUGGGCCACUGCAGCGUGACACCAGGUUGCGUUUCGCCAAAGGUUGGCCGCAGGCUGCUGGUUUUUUCAGGAUCCUCUGCUGUCCCCACCGCCGCUGCCUAAACGCACUACACAUGCACUAAUUGGCCUUUUUUGCUGCAACGCCUUUGGUGUAAAUGCAGCCUUAAGCCUAUUAUACUUCUCUCGUCAGGGAAUAUUUCCUCAUAUCCAACUAAUCCUAAGCUACUGGCCAUCACUAGAGACGGCCAUAGAUGCAAGCCAAAGUCAGUCUUUACUUGUUCUUGUGACUUGUUUACUUUCCUUAAACAUUUGUUGUUGCAUGUGUGUACUUGACAUAUGUAGUUGUUACAUAGCUUUAAAGUUGUAUACUAGUCAAAUAUUCAAGAUUUAUCUGUAGUGACUGAUGUUCUAAGAUAACGUAAACAAUAAAAUAUGGUUUGAUCUCUGAAA